CUAAAAUUCGUAAAUAUAUUGGACAAAUUGAUAUGAAAGAUGGUUGGCAAAGUCAAUCUUCACAAAAGCCUAAUCCUGCCUCAGAAGAUGGUGUGAUUGUGAUUGGUGCUGAUACUCAAUCUGGAGCACAAAUAAUAGGUCCUUCUUUAUCUGAAAUACACUUGACUGCUCAAUUGUUGGAUGGGAAAGGGACACGUUGACGGAGUAGGGAGUGCACUCUUGUUGAAACUUGUAC